AUGAUAGAUGCGGUUGGGGUGGUCUCUUGGGACCGGCUUGUGCACAGCUUUUCGCUUGAUGCAGUUGGUGCAACCGUCCUUGGGUAUGACUCCAAUGCGAUCGAUCACGAUAGCCCCUUCAUCAGCGACUAUAACGGCAUCUUCCACGAAAUCGCUAACCCGCUUUAUCUCCUCAUUCCCGUGCUAGAGCGCCUCUUCCCUCGUAGAUCCCUGGAACAAAAGAUCGCCAUCUCUGUGGAACAAUUUCAAGCUCUUCUCGAUCAAAAGCGAGAGGAUCCUGGAAAUGACGUUAUGACGCUCAUGCUACGGGACCCGAACAUGACCAAUGAAAAGUUACGGGAUAAUAUUGUCGUGCUCUUUAUUGCUGGACAUGAUACCUCGGCUGGAAGUCUUUCAACGUUGAUAUACUACUUAGGCAAGAACCCCGACAUACAAGAGCGGGCGCGACAGGAAGUUCGCUCUUGUCUGAAACUACCUGAUGACCCUACCCUCGAGGAGCUGCAAUCCUUGCACUACCUUGGGCGCCCAAACGAACACAAAGGGACGGUGAACGUCUUGCCCGAGCCCUAG